AUGAACCAUUCUUCCUUCGACUCUAUCCAUUUAACUAGUGCCGACAUUCUAUCCUCCCCAUUGUUCUCUCGAAAUGCGUGGCAGCUCCAUCUUGACUAUCUACGUCAAUACGGCGAUCAACCGACCAAUGACGCUCGUGAUCGAGAUACAUUUAAGGACCUAGGUAGAACAGCAGUUUCCCAAGAUCUCAUUCAAAUAUGCCGCAAGAUUCAUGUAAACUAUGGCACUACCCUCUCAGAUAUCCUCGAAGACUUAUCCCGACCUCUCAACCAGAUAAAUGACCCCACUAUUUCCCCUCGGGUGACCCUUGAUCGUUUGAAAUUAGUGUUGAGUGAGCUCCGUCGAUUCGAGAAACAAGCAAAUACCCUCCUAGGAGAACUCAGUGAUAUCUGUUACUCCAACAACGUUUCUAACGAGUCUUUGAAUACCUUCUUGUCAUCUAUUGAGAGACCUAUUAUGUCAGCAAUAAUUAAGUAUUGGAGCAAUAGUUGUAAGGAAAAAAUUGCUGAUCUUGAAGAAUCCAUGAAUCCACGAAACGACCACAAGUUAGAAACCGUUUCUCCCGUUACCCCUCCAAGGCCCUCAAAUCUCGUUCCGGCUUUCUCUUCUUCCCCAAUUCUUCCGUUAGGUUUUCCUCCUCCCAUGAAUUCUCCGCCGAAGCGAUUAGGUAUCGAUCUGGCAAAGGCCAAAGUUCCCCGUUUCACUGGUCGAAAAGAUGAAUUCCCCAUGUUUUUCGCCUUGCUAAAUGAGAUCCUCGACUACAACAAAGAUUACCCCGAGACCACUCGCAUAGGAUUUCUCGUUUCCAAUCUUAUCGGUGAACCGUUGACAAGCAUUCAAUCCAUUCCGAUUCGGGCAGGUAGCUUAGCCAUCAUGUUGAAGUCCCUCCAGGAUAGAUACGGCGACUCCGAAGAUCAAGUUGACCGGUUGAUAAAGAUCCUCAAAGAUAAAAGGCUUUCGGUUCCUCGUACCCAUCAAGAAUUGACAUCGUGGUAUUAUCAGCUGCGUGAUAUGAGUGUCUGCCUCCUUUCCUCAACUUCCGAAGCCCAAGAACGUCUCUUUCUCUCUUGUCUGUUCGAUUCCCUUCCCUUCAAUAUUCAUGAGUCCAUAGUUGCUUCUUUCGAUCGUUCAGGUCAAAAGGCUACCGUCAAGAAUGUCAUCAAUGAAUUAGGGAUCAUCGUUAGAACCCGUGAGAAGUUGCUUUUCCGAGCGGGAGAUGUUUCUGAUCGUCGAGAGACUUGUGAGUUCCUCAAUCAUUCGAAUUUCGAACCUCGAGCCCUGUUCAAUUCCGCCAGUCCUGAUACUCGUUCUUUUCCCCAAUCUCGGUCUAACAAUACCAGUGUCUUCAAUUCUAAUCCUAGUAUGACUCUUGCUUCUUGUGCCUUCUGUUCCCAGUCUCACGACUCUGCAAGCUGUCAGAUUGUCCAAGAUUUCGAUUCUCGUCAACGGAUUGUUCGUGAGAAUAGGCUCUGCCUUCUUUGUCUCCAACGUGGUCAUAUAGUUGCUCAGUGCUUUCAUUCUCGGUGCUCGAAUUGCAACGGUCGACAUCAUGUUUCUCUCUGCGGUAAAUUGUUUCCUCCAAGCGAAUCAAACGCCAAUUCCCAUCCUGAAACCCCUGUGAGUUCCGUGAACCCUACUCCGAAUCCAGCACUUUCUCGUUUCCCGAGGUCAAACCCAGUCGAAUCAGUUACUCCAGAGAUACCCAUGAGAAGCUUUCGGUUGAAUGGACACCAAGAAAUUCCGCAAUUGCCUUCCCUUAUCGUUUCGCACCCUAUCGUAUCGAAUCCUAUCGCAUCGUCUAUCGCCUCGCCUUCAAUUAUAUCGUCUCCUAUCGUUUCGUGUCCUCUCGUAUCGUCUAUUGUAACACCCUCUAUCGUCUCGGACUCUAUCGUAUCGCCUAUUGUCUCGUCUCGUAUCGUUUCGUGCCCAAUAGUAUCGUCUUCUAUAGUAACACCCCCUAUCGUAUUUGGUUCGAGAAACGCUGUGAUUUCGUCGAAAAAAUCUUCCUCCAUUCCCCAAGACUCCUCUCUGAAUAUUGGAAAUCCAUCUGAUCUCGUUAUGGUUCCCCAUGUUCGUCAUCGUAAAUGGCGUCGUAAGAAAAUUGUGGAUCGAGGGCAGGUAUUGCCGCUGGUCAAUAUUGGGUUCACGAAUCUUCCUCAACCCGAUUCCCCCUAUCACACUCCAUCCGAAACUCCCCACUCUUCCCCAUCGCUCUCUGGAUGUCAUUUUCUACUGAAUGAAUUGCCGAUGGAACAACGCACCCGAUGCAAACUCAAAUUCCUGGGCUUAGAACCUUCACAUGGACAGCCAUUCGAAGAUGAAUAUCCGGACUCCCUCAUGACGUGCUCUUGCCCUGAUGUACCCAAUCCGAACCCUCCAGUCACAGAAGAACCCUAUCGAUGUCAACCCAUGGUCAAGGAAAGAAGAGGAAAAGUGGGCAUGUUGGCGACUUCAUUGAAACCGCCAAUUCUUUCCCACAAAUUUGCAUAG